CCUCCUGCACUCUCUCUCCAUCCAUUUCAUGUUCCCACCCUCCUGCACUCUCUCCAUCCGUUUUGUGUUCCACCCUCCUGCGCUCUCUCUCUCCAUCCAUUUCAUGUUCCCACCCUCCUGCACUCUCUCCAUCCGUUUCGUGUUCCACCCUCCUGCACUCUCUCUCCAUCCAUUUCAUGUUCCCACCCUCCUGCACUCUCUCCAUCCGUUUUGUGUUCCACCCUCCUGCGCUCUCUCUCUCCAUCCAUUUCAUGUUCCCACCCUCCUGCACUCUCUCCAUCCGUUUCGUGUUCCACCCUCCUGCGCUCUCUCUCUCCAUCCGUUUCGUGUUCCCACCCUCCUACACUCUCUCCAUCCGUUUCGUGUUCCACCCUCCUGCGCUCUCUCUCUCCAUCCGUUUCAUGUUCCCACCCUCCUACACUCUCUCCAUCCGUUUCGUGUUCCACCCUCCUGCACUCUCUCCAUCCGUUUUGUGUUCCACCCUCCUGCACUCUCUCCAUCCGUUUCGUGUUCCACCCUCCUGUGCUCUCUCUCUCCAUCCGUUUCGUGUUCCCACCCUCCUACACUCUCUCCAUCCGUUUCGUGUUCCACCCUCCUGCGCUCUCUCUCUCCAUCCGUUUCAUGUUCCCACCCUCCUACACUCUCUCCAUCCGUUUCGUGUUCCACCCUCCUGCACUCUCUCCAUCCGUUUUGUUUUCCACCCUCCUGCACUCUCUCCAUCCGUUUCGUGUUCCACCCUCCUGCACUCUCUCCAUCCGUUUCGUGUUCCACCCUCCUGCACUCUCUCCAUCCGUUUCGUGUUCCACCCUCCUGCACUCUCUCCAUCCGUUUCGUGUUCCACCCUCCUGCGCUCUCUCUCUCCAUCCGUUUCGUGUUCCACCCUCCUGCGCUCUCUCUCUCCAUCCGUUUCGUGUUCCACCCUCCUGCUCUCUCUCCAUCCGUUUCGUGUUCCACCCUCCUGCGCUCUUCCCUCUCCCUUUGUGCACUGUGAGUUGUGUAUUUGGUUUUACUGUCUCUUCUGUUCUUUGGCACUGACAUCUAACCUUCAUCUAAUAAUGAAUGAAUGAAUGUUUUAAAUGAGCUGUGUGUAAUGGUGAAAUUUGGGAAAUGUAUUUUUACAACAUGUGAACAUGAUUCCUUUUUGGGGGGGUCUUUCACUCACUCUUGUCGUGAAUUCAUUGAUUUUCUUUCACCAGACUGCAAAAUCAAUGUAAUUAAACAUAGAAGAACAGUCUCCUGUAACUAGGCUCUUAUGCUUUAUUUUUCUUUUGUUUACUUUUUUUAUUAGAAACAAUCAUGUUUGUUUCCGAUGGUAAACUCCACACCGUAUUUUAAUAAAAUCCCUUUUGUUUCUCA